AAAUCAUGGCUUCUAAUUUGAUUUUAUUGUGGCGUGAUGUUGUGAGGUGACAACACACUAUUUAAACCAUAGGACAUAAACGCAUAGUGUAAUUCCAUUAUUUACAUUCAAAGACAUACAACAAUGAGUGCAGAGAAUACUUUCCGAUGUGUAACAUGCACAGCACCUGUAAAUAUAGCUGUUAUAAAAUAUUGUAAGUAAAUUUUAGGGUCCUUCAAUUUUAAUUCACCGCAAAAAUUAUCAUUGCUGCUAUGACUGUGCUAUGACUAUCAAGACUAUUAUGUCUAUCAUUCUAUGUAGUUAUUACUAUAUCUGGUUUAAUAAAUACAACUACUUCUGUAGACACCAUGAAUUCUUUGAUAAUUUCUGCAUUAGUUCACAAUGAAGUCAGUUGUAGCUUGUUUCUACAUCAACACGGUAUUAAACAUGCUGUCAGAGGAUGUGCUAACAACCACAAAGUUAAUGGAAUGCCAAUACUAUACUCAACGCAUCGAACAUACGUGGAAAUUGACAAAAGAGAGAAACAAUGACACACACAUACAUAUGCUAGAUUCGUAUAAUUAUAGGUGUGGUUUCAUUUUGCGUCGACGUGUUAAUGCAAAUGGUUUGAAUGUAUUCAACGCCAUUCUAGACGAUUUUGUUCAAAUUUGGCCACCACAGUAGCAGAGAACUUUUAAAAGAAGUAAAUAUGUUUUAAUUUAAUUAAUGCAAAAGAACAUUUGUUUAAUUGGAAGAGUGAAGUAUUUUAAUGGAAAUGUGAAAUAAUGUAGAAUGUACAAUAACUUUUGCGUUGAAUGAAACGUUUUUUUCAAAAGAACAUUUUUUUUAUUGGAAGUGUGAAUAAUAAUAAAUUUUGCAGUGAAUUAAAAUUGAAAUACCAAUUUUAGAAGUUAAAAUGAAACAACAUAAUAAAAAUUGUGCAUUACUAGUUUUUAGGCUUAACCGGCUUCCUAUUAUUAUCAGGUUUGUACUCUACUCUUAGUAAGUGACCUACGUAGUAGGACUAGCCCGACUAGGGCUUAUACCUUUUUAAAAUUUAAACAAGUAGUAGUGUCUAACUUAGUUUAUUUAAGCUAUGUUAAAGCCAAAGGCUAAGCAGCUUGGGCUGAAUCAUGAAAUGUCCAUGAAUCAUUACCAAACACUUCAAUCAAACAGUGUUUCUUUCAGACAUUUUUCCCCCAGUGGGGGGUGGGGCUAUGCCAUUUGCCAGUGGACACAGGAACAGCUUAAGGGUGGCAGAUGGGGCCCAUGUCCGGGGGGGAGGGGGCAGACUAGUGGGUGGGGGAGGAAUGGGCUUUGAUGGUAUUUUAAUGGUAAUGGUUGAAGUUGAAAAUAAUCAGCUUCAGAAUUGAGAAGGAUAAAAGGGGGGGGGGUGGCUAAAAAUAAAUAUUGACCCCUGACGCCCCUUCUAGUGUCGUUGAAAUAGGGUAGAGGAGGUGGUCCACCGAGGUGUCAUUUUUUAAGUGGGUGGGGGAGGAAUGGGCUUUGAUGGUAUUUUAAUGGUAAUGGUUGAAGUUGAAAAUAAUCAGCUUCAGAAUUGAGAAGGAUAAAAGGGGGGGGGUGGCUAAAAAUAAAUCUUGACCCCUGACGCCCCUUCUAGUGUCGUUGAAAUAGGGUAGAGGAGGUGGUCCACCGAGGUGUCAUUUUUUUCUUUAUAUGCAGAAGAGCCGUUCUUAGGAUUUUGGGGGCUCUAGGCAUGGAGCAUAGGUAGGGGAUCCCAGAAAGGGGUCGGGGGGCGGAGCUCCCUCCUAGCUCAGGAUAAAACACCACCCACCACUACGGCACCUCCACUCUGUCUUUGUCACUGUUUCCUCUUUGCUCGCGUGUAACCACUAACCAUAUAGAUAAUUCCGGCACUAGAGACAAUAUGUACUUCUGAAAUAUAUUGACUUGCAAGUUGUAGGCUAAAAAAAAAAAGCGCCUGGCGGGGCCCCCUUCUCAGUGGGGCCCUAAACUUUCGCCUAGUUUGCCUAUGCCUAAGAACGGCUCUGUAUGCAGGUGUGGCAUUUUUGUACAUCUGCAUAGUUUUUUUCCAUGAAAGGGAGGAUGGCAAAAAUAUUUUGCACGAAUAGUGGCUGCCAAUAGGCAGUGCAUCUAUCUAUACCAAAAUUGGCUAUCAUUUUCAUUUGAAAGUAGGGUGGAAAUAGAGGGCGCCAAUGAAUCUUGAUCGGUGGAGGGGUCUGGGAGAAAAUUUGUGAUUAUUUCAAAAUCAAGGGGGUGUUUUUUUGAGUAUACUUGAAUUCAAUUUUUCUAUUAUACCUUUUGAACAGGAAGACAUUUUUUAAAGUUUUGUGGGAGGCUUUGUGGCGCCUAGUGCCAUACAUGAACUGAAUUCACUCCCAGAGUAAGCAUUUGGCACAAGCUUAUAAUAAAUCCUAUUGAUCAGCAUGAGUGAAGGGGGUGCUUAAAGUUAGUGUGCUAAAGACAGUAGGGCAAACUCAAAAUGCAGGGUCGCAUACUUGAAAUUUGUUGUUUCUUUCAGGCAAUUUUUAGGUUGCAUUUCAAACUUUCUGGUGGAAAGUACCAAAAUUAGUCAUAAUAAUGAUCAAAGACAUCUUAAAAUUCCGAUCCAGAGAAACAUAAACUAUAUUCAUUCCAGUUGUGUCCUAGAUUAUUCUUACUCCUUUAAUCUUUACAGUCCCCAGAAUUUUUUGAUAAUUAGAAAUAUAAGAAUGCAUGUGAUCACAUAACUAAACAUAGUUUUGCAAAAUUCUGCACUUAAUUGGAGAGCAACUGAAGAGAUCCUUGAUAAAAAUGUAGGUGUCAAUUAACCUUAGAACCAUGGUGUGCACCCAGCAACCCCUACAACUGUAAGGUGCCUCAUAUUUUUUAGGGGUUUAAAGAUGUGAUGAGGUUAUUUUCUUAAUAGUCAUCUUUCAAUGCAGUGUGGAAAGGGAGGGGGGUUGGGCAAAACAGAUAUGUGUUUGACCUGCUUGUGUUAAGCACACAAAAAAAAUUAUAAAUUACUAAUAAUAGUGACAUGGCUUUUAUUUUUAUUUACAUUAUUAUUGGGGGUGGGGGGUUAUAGCAACUUAAUUAAUAAAUGAAUUUUCAACAAAAAAGAAUUAAAAAGGGUUCCAUCACCAAAAAGCAGUGCAAACAUUAUUUUAUGUGCUGAAUGCAAAUGGAAAAAAAAAAAAACAACUUACUGUACUUAUAAUUAUUAAACUACCUAUAAUUAUUAAACUACCAUUUCAAAAUAUUUCCAAAUUUUACCAGAGUCAAAAAUAAAAAAAAAACUUUUAAUAAGAAAGGUCUAUACAUUUUUAUGGGUUUUGAAAACUAGUCAUUUUUGUAAAUUGUAUAUGAACGGCAUAACUAUUUUAAAAAGACAUGAGUUGUUUACAAAAGACAUUACAUAUUUAUUAAUGUGUGAUUUUAUCUAAGGGAAAUCAUAUUAAAGUUAAGUAUAUAUUUUCCCAAUAUUCAGUUGAUUGAAAUGUUUAUUUGUAAUUUCAAAAUACUAUAACUUUUUUCAGAUAAAUUACAAAUUACCUCUUGGAUAAACUGUAAAACACUUUUUUUUAAAAACCAUUUACACAUAAUGUAUUUUACAUUAAACAAAUUAGGAGUAAGAAUAUUUUCUAAAACAAGUUCAAACAAUUAAAAAAAAACAACUAAUUGACAUCAUCAAAAUGCUAGUUCACAAAAAUCUUUUUUUUUUUGGAAGAUCAUUUGCGACAGGAAAGUACAUUUGCGACAGGGAGGAUCAUUUCGACAGGGAAGAUUAUUUGCGACAGGGAAGAUCAUUUGCAAAAAUUUUUUUUUUUUUUUUUUUUUGAUAGCUUCCUAUCUAGAAAAAAAUAUUAUUUUUUUUUAACAUCCGUACAAAAAGGUGGGUCAUAAUAAAUAUACACUGCAUAUUUUUUUUAACCUCUGUUAUUCAGGAAACAUAAUUACAAAAGUAGCACAUUAAAAGAAAAGACAAACGCUUUCGAUAUAAUAGUUAAUGAAAUGUGCACUUUUUUAUGUGCCCAUUAAAUUCUUAAGUUUCCAUUUUCUAUAACUCAACACACAUGGAAUCGACUAAAUUUAUAGUUAUGCAAAUAAAAAUAUUUUUAAAGAUUAAUGAAAUCAUACAAUGUAUAAUGUAUAAUUAACCCCGAUUCCUACUCUAAAAGUCAUGCUUUUAUGAUGAAAUAUAAUUUGAAAAUUGAUUGCCCAUGUUUGAUACUUAGCAAGAACUGUUAAGAAAAUUGUAGACUUUUAUAUUGAUGUACAUGUAAAGCUAAUUAAAUACAGUGUUAUUUACAUUUUUAAACCUGUGAAGCUACAAAAAAAUAAAUGAAAAAAAUACCGAUAUAUGCAAACUACGGGAAGUAAGACAUCGGCUUAUAAUCUGAAGCGGCCUGUGCCAUAUUUAUAAUCGAAUAUACAGAUCAUUAAACAUAUCUCGUGUAGCGAUAUUUCAUAGAUUCCACUAAUUGUAAUCGGUUAAAGGCACCAGAUAUUAAUCUUUUUAAAACUGUUUAAAAAAGACAGUUCAGUUUUUUAAAUAGAAAAAGUAUAUUAUCUUUAUAUUAUCGUACACAUUUUGCUCGGGGGGGGGGUGCACUUGGCUUUCCUCGGGGGCACGCCCCCGGAGAUGUGCAUGAAAGAAACCCUGAUCAUAAAUAUUACUAUUACUAUUUAUUAUAAAUUAUAGCAGUAAUACAGAGGUUUUAAAUGAUUCAGUAUGAAUAUCUGUCUUAAUAUAACUUUACUAUGACUAUAAGUAUGAUGAGUGUUACUAACACUGUUAGUUGUAAAUAGUAGUCAGUAGGCCCGUUAAAUUAACUGUUAGCUUUUAAUUAUACUCAAUGAUGGUCUCUCUAUAUAUAUAUAUAUAUAUAUAUAUAUAAAGCAAUAUUGAUGAGGCUAACAGUAGCAUGAGCAGAUCUUUUUGUGUAAUUCAAUGUAGUAAACUCUCAAGGUAGAAUUGUCAAUUUAAUUAUGUAUAAUGAUAAAAUAUGAAACAUUGAAUAAAUCCUACUAAGGCUUAAGAAGUUAUGUGUGAAUUAUUUCAUUUCUUGAAUUUGAAUCCUAAUAGAUUUUAUCAAUUCCUUAUUUAGCUAAGUUGUAAUUGUAUGGCCACAAAACCUUAUUUCUUCAUGACCUACUAAUGAUAAGUGCUCAUUGUUGGAUUGAAUGAUUUUGAAAUGUAACACAAGUUCGUUGUCUAAACUUUUAUUUAUAAAAAAAUUAAUUUGUCAGUUAAUUAUUAUAUAUUAUAAACCUAUCCAUAACCUUGCAGGGGGAAAGAGAGACGAAAAGUUGAUUCUCCCAACUAAUUCAUCUUUGAGUGUUACGCUUGGACAAGAUGAGGUAAUCGUUUUUUAUUUUAAUUUUUACUGGCCAACACAAAAAGUGCUGUAAGAAAUUUGUUACACUCCCGUCCUAUUGCGCUCUAGGCAUGUGCUUCAAUGGGUCAAGCUCUUUUAUCCAGAAAUGCAUGCACCUUGUUUUGUUGAACUGCCAUGAACUAUUGUCCCAAAAGUUCUGUUAACACUCACUCUUAUUAUCUCUAACUGGCGUGCUUGGUGGCUGAGUGGUCUUUGCCAUUCAAUCCCCCAGAAAAAUUUUGACCAGCAGAAAUAUCACCAGCAUCCCGGGUGGAUAGGAGUCGUUAAACUUGGAUGGCAACUCUGCUAAGAGUAGACAAACUCUGAAAUCAAACCCGGCGUGCGGUAUGACAUUCACACAAUGAACACCUGACAACUCCUGCGAGUUAGAAUGCAUAAAGAGCACGGUCAAGCACACACACACAUGCUGCUGUUGAUCUACUGCAUCCUGGUCUAUUUCCAGUCAUCUUGACUAAGUCUUGCCAUUGGAUCAAAUAGGCAAGGAUGAGAGAGUGAGGCUGAGGAAUUGAGCAACUCUCCCUCACUUCAAACAAAAUACAAGCUCAAGUGAAGGCUACUCCUCAAGUUGAAAAUGGCCUGGGUCAUCUUCGCGUGCCAAGGACAAACAACUACAACACCUGUCAUUAUGCAUCUUUUCAUCUUAUCUCAAAUGAAUUUGUAGCCCAAACGAUACAGAUGUAAAAUUGGGUGGGGGAGGGGUGCAGGCAUGGCAGAGCAAGAAUAUCAACACCUAAGACUGAGUCCACUGCUUUGUUUGGGUGCUUAUCACUCAAACUGAUUUAACUUUACAAUUUAUUAGCUGAGCAAUUAUUAUAAUUGCACUUUUAAUUUUAUAAACGUUUUCUGUUAAUUUAUGGCCUAAGGAGAUACUUUACUCAAAUUUUGUUAAAUUGUGCUUUUCGAUAUUUUCUGUUUAUUGUUUUUUUUUGUAGUUGCGUGCCAAAACCUCCGUUGCUGUUAGCAAAGAUUAUACACAAGAUCGAAUGUGGCUAAAUGGAAAGUAAGUUAUUGCAACUUCACUUGGAGGUUUCAAAACAUAAGAAGUACUUUAUUUAUCAGCUACAAUAUAUCAAUAUGGCCAGGUCCUAUUGGGCAUUGACUGGAUUAUCACUUUUGAUUUUUGAAACGGAUGAAAACAAGUUUAUCAUAGUGGGAUACAUUACUGAAGCAAAGGAAAUCCAGGGGCAAAACAGAGUGCUGUGGGAUACAAAAAUAUGAAAUAAAAUUUAAAAAAAAUAAUGUAGAAUUCUGUGAGGAUUUUUGACAUGUCUCUUUGUCACCUUCAUGAAUCAAAUCAACCAAUGGUCAAUGAGGACUCUGUUCUCUAAUGUCAGAUGUAGCAAAUUGAGAAGUAAGCAAUGAUGUAGAGCUAGACCCAGAAUUUGGUCGUCAGAUUUCAUUUCAUUGAAAAUGAUUAUCUCACGUCACAGCAGUGUUCACACUUUAAAGUACAGGUUCCCUAAUGCUUUUUAUUUUAAUUUCAGAGAGCAGUCCGUGAACACUCCCAGAAUUCAAAAUGUUCUUAAAGAAAGUAAGAUAUUCACAUUUUCUACGACUUUUGAUAAUAUUUGGAGAAUGUUUUUUUUUAAAAAGUUUAGCAUGCGUAAUUUUAUUUCUUAUGCAAUUUCAGUUCGUCGGCGAGCGCGGAAGAGGUUGUCAGACAGCCAGAAUGAAACCGAACUCUUACAAAAUGUUCACAUUGUCUCAGAGAACAAUUUUCCAACAGCAGCUGGCCUGGCCUCAUCAGCAGCUGGGUACGCUUGUUUGGGUGAGUUCACUAAAUAAGGAAGUACACAAACAAACACUGCUGGAUUGUGGAGUUAAGUUGCAUCAUUGAAAAUAUAAAGUUAAACUUGUUCCCAAUAUUUAGAAAUUUGAGUAUGUUUUUGAUGGUUGAUCUUCCCUAUAAAAAGAUCGACCCAGUAUGGAUAUUUUUUUAAACUUAAAUUUAUUUAUUUCAUGAAGAUUCUUAGAGUAUAGGGCAAUGACAGUAAUAUUUUACAAGAAAUGACCCAUCAAAAAGACAGAACUAUAUGAUUUGCCAUGCAUAUAAUGACAUUUUUGGGUUAUUUUUAUUUUCAAUUGCUUUGUACUUUCAUUAAGCCUACCUAGUCUCUUCAAAAUUGUCAGGUAAGUAUUCUACCAAUGCACAUCACACUAAGCUAAUACACUUUAUCAGAGAUCAAACUGUUUGACAUGUUUCACAAUAGAGAAAAAUUCAUACUAUAUUCAGUGAUUAGUACAGACACCCAUCUGGCCGUGUACACUGUACACCAUGCAAUGGACAAUACUACAUUUAGUGAUUAGUACAAACACCCAUCUGUGGCUGUGUACAUUGUUCACACUUUGCAAUGGGCAAUAUAUUUAUAUGGUUCAAGUUUGUAACCUGCCCAUUUGUGUAUUUUUUUUUCCUUGUUCAAAACUUACUUUUCUUUUAUCUGAAAAUGUGCAGACAAUCAUAUAAUGUUUAGUUUUAGGAUGUUCUUUACCUGUAACCAUUUCUUUAUUCCCUCCAGUGUACUCGCUGUCCCAGUUGUAUGGGGUUAAAGGUGAAAUAUCAGAUAUAGCCAGGUUAGUAUGAUUAGUAAAAAAAACAAAAACCUCAUCAGUUCCAGCGACACACUAAAAAUUUGCAGGUAAUCGGAGAACUUUGGUUACAUGAAAUAGACGACUUGUGCUUUGCUAAGUCAGCUGCAAGGGCUGAGCACUUUUAUGUAGUAAAAUAAAUUGUUGUUGUAGUUUUGUAUUUGUUUAAAAUGGAGUUCUAAGUUUUUCUGCUUAGUGUUAUUGUUGGUAGAACGGUUUCAUUGGGCAGUUGCUUUCUUGCAGGCAAGGCUCUGGCAGUGCAUGUCGGAGUAUCUACGGGGGAUUUGUUGCCUGGAACAUGGGUGAACUUGAGGAUGGCUCGGAUUCAUAUGCUGUGCAGGUCGCCCCUGAGGCGCACUGGCCUGAGAUGAGAACCCUUAUCCUUGUGGUGAGACCAAUGAGAAUUGUGAUGUACAGCUGCACUGUUAAAAUGAUCAGAUUCUCCAUGCUUUACGGGGGUUUGAAUUUUAAUUUUUAUCUUGAAAGCUGAAUUUGUUAUCUGAAAGAAAUAAUUGAUGUUCCUUUUAAGCAGUGGAUCCUUGAUGUGCUCUAAGCAACUAGCAGACAUUUUCAUUCAGUAUUUACUCCAUACAUCCAUUAAAGGGUUUUUAUCUUCAUUAACUCAUCAUCACAUUGUUGGAGGGGGAUGGUACUUAACACAUCAUAAACAUUUCCUGCUGUUCCUGUCCAUCCCCAGGUCAACGAUCAAAAGAAAGAUGUGGGCAGCACAGAAGGAAUGCAGACCACCAUUGAGACCAGUGACCUGAUGAAACACAGAGUGACCAUCAUGGACAGGAGGAUGGAGGCUAUGACAGAAGCUAUCAAGAAGAGAGACUUUCCCACAUUUGGGAAGCUGACCAUGCAGGUUUGAAUACAGCAUUUUAAGGUCGCCCUUUCCUUGUUAUACUUGUUAUCUUUAUGUAAAUACUUGGAGAGGAUCCUGUCCACAGCAUAUUAUCUUCUUGUUAUUAUUUUAAAUGUACUUUUUAAAAAUUUGUAAUGUGUAUUUAUUUAGGUUGCGAUUUUUUUGGGUCAAAACCUGCAUCUCAGUUUUGACCCUCUUCCUGAUUUCCAACUUUUCCAAAAAUGUACAGAAAAAAGUAUAAAAUAAAUGAGCACCUAAACUUCAGAGUUGUUAAGUCAUGAGACUAAAAAGAAAUGGGGCGCCCAUGAAACAUAAUGACGUCAAAUGACUUUUUCCUAGGUGGCUGCUCUGUCCGUUUAUUAGUUUGUGUGUGGUCAAACCUUGCAUUUCAAUUUUGACACACUUCCUGAUCUCAAUUUGAGCUGAAACUAAGAACACUGGCCCCCCCCCCCCCCCCCCCCCCCCCCCUCUUUUUUUUAUAGUCACAUGACUGUAACGACUGUGAUGUUUAGAGGGGGGGGGGUAUGACAGACAUUUAUUUUAUACUUUGUAGUCCAUUUUCUGGAAGAAAAGCGUUUUUUUUUAAAAAGUAAUUUUUUAUAUAUUUUUUUUAUUCUUAAACAAUAGAAACUAGACCCUAAAAUUUUGAUAGUUCAAGGGGGGGGGGGGUAGCUUUCCCAUUUAUUUACAUUUGAUCUAUCGUUUCAAACACAUAAUGCAGUUCUGGUAUGCGCCGUCACAGCAGCAUAUCUUUUACUAACAUGAGGGAAAGGUGACAGUUCCAGAUUGAACCCUCCCAAAAUUUGAAUAGCUUAGAUUUUUAAACGGUGUGUUCCAGUGUUAACUUUGCUCUCUCAUGUAUUUCCCUCUGAAUGUGUCAAGCUUCAAGGCUUAAGUUUUCUCUGUGUGCUUCUUCAGGACAGCAACCAGCUGCAUGCUGUGUGCCUGGACACCUACCCACCUAUAUUCUACAUGACCGAUGUGUCCAGACAAGUCAUUCGACUGGUGCAUGCUAUCAAUGACAUCUACGAGGAGGUCAAGGUAACACAUGCCACCCCCCCCCCCGAUCAGGGUUUUUCCAUUUAAAAAUAGAGCAGGGUUCUUUAAAAAAACAACUUGCAAAUAUCAAUAAACUUAUGAUGGAGGAGUUGAAUGCUUUCACACAGUGGCAUAGUCAUUUUAGCUGAGGUUGAUUGCUCUAGUUUUGACUCUUAUUAUUUUUUCCUUCAUGUUCUUAGCUUCCUGUGUUUGUAUCAUUUUAAAACCUGUCUCACAGCUGCUAUAAUCUCAGUCUAUUUUCUUUAAAUCCUUCAUAUUAACUUCCCUUAUUUUGUUGGGUGGCUGGCUGGCAAAAUAUUCGGAUGGCAAGUUGACCAACUUCCCAUGGAGCUGGAACGUUGCACAUAGACUCAUUGCUGAUGGCAAAACAUUCUCAAAUUUUCAGCACCAACCCCAGAAAAUCAGUUUGUUCUGUUUUUCAAGGGGGAUAUAAAAUGAAAUUCCAGAUGACUGAGCUCAGUGAGAUGUUUAACAAACAAAAAAUAUCCUUGUGGGUUUGACUGAGCUCAGUGAGAUGUUUAACAAACAAAAAGUAUCCUUGUGGGUUUGACUGAGCUCAGUGAGAUGUUUAACAAACAAAAAGUAUCCUUGUGGGUUUGACUGAGCUCAGUGAGAUGUUUAACAAACAAAAAGUAUCCUUGUGCGUUUGACUGAGCUCAGUGAGAUGUUUAACAAACAAAAAGUAUCCUUGUGGGUUUGACUGAGCUCAGUGAGAUGUUUAACAAACAAAAAGUAUCCUUGUGCGUUUGACUGAGCUCAGUGAGAUGUUUAACAAACAAAAAGUAUCCUUGUGGGUUUGACUGAGCUCAGUGAGAUGUUUAACAAACAAAAAGUAUCCUUGUGGGUUUGACUGAGCUCAGUGAGAUGUUUAACAAACAAAAAGUAUCCUUGUGGGUUUGACUGAGCUCAGUGAGAUGUUUAACAAACAAAAAGUAUCCUUGUGGGUUUGACUGAGCUCAGUGAGAUGUUUAACAAACAAAAAGUAUCCUUGUGGGUUUGACUGAGCUCAGUGAGAUGUUUAACAAACAAAAAGUAUCCUUGUGGGUUUGACUGAGCUCAGUGAGAUGUUUAACAAACAAAAAGUAUCCUUGUGGGUUUGACUGAGCUCAGUGAGAUGUUUAACAAACAAAAAGUAUCCUUGUGGGUUUGACUGAGCUCAGUGAGAUGUUUAACAAACAAAAAGUAUCCUUGUGGGUUUGACUGAGCUCAGUGAGAUGUUUAACAAACAAAAAGUAUCCUUGUGGGUUUGACUGAGCUCAGUGAGAUGUUUAACAAACAAAAAGUAUCCUUGUGGGUUUGACUGAGCUCAGUGAGAUGUUUAACAAACAAAAAGUAUCCUUGUGGGUUUGACUGAGCUCAGUGAGAUGUUUAACAAACAAAAAGUAUCCUUGUGCGUUUGACUGAGCUCAAUGAGAUGUUUAACAAACAAAAAGUAUCCUUGUGGGUUUGACUGAGCUCAGUGAGAUGUUUAACAAACAAAAAGUAUCCUUGUGCGUUUGACUGAGCUCAAUGAGAUGUUUAACAAACAAAAAGUAUCCUUGUGGGUUUGACUGAGCUCAGUGAGAUGUUUAACAAACAAAAGUAUCCUUGUGGGUUUGACUGAGCUCAAUGAGAUGUUUAACAAACAAAAGUAUCCUUGUGGGUUUGACUGAGCUCAAUGAGAUGUUUAACAAACAAAAGUAUCCUUGUGCGUUUGGUGCCUAAAAUUUUCUUUUGUUUUUCUCAAAUUUUUGGUGAAAUCAAUCUGCUGUAUAAAAACAUGUGGUAAUUAGAAAGGUAAUAUAGUUAAGACAGAACUAGUGUGAAAAAAUGUACAUUUGCCAGCCGUGGGGGGAGCACUAAUUGGGAUUCUUGUAAAGUGAAUCACUUGUGUGCAUGUUAUGUCAAAUUUUUAGCCCCACUCCCCAUUGCCCACUCCUCACUCUCCAUUGCCCACUCCUCACUCUCCAUUGCCCACUCUCCAUUUCCCAUUCCUCACUCGCCAUUGCCAACUCCUCACUCACUCCCCAUUGCCCACUGCCCACUCUUCAUUGCCUGAUAUUAAGUUUUAUUAAGGAUUUCUACGAAAAACUUUGUUUUUAGGGUCUGUUUAAUGAAUACCAGACAUUCAACAUGUAUUUAGAGGCACCAAAAUAUUUUCUACUGUGGUUUCCCCACUCAGAAUUUAAAGAGUAGUCAAUGAUUGUACAUGGAAAACACCAGAUAAAGACAUUGCUUCAAUGUUUUUUUUUAAACAUUUGUUGUUUUUUUUUAGUUUUUCUCUCAUCUCUCCCUGGGAAAAAAACUGGCUCAUCACUUAGUUUAGCGUAUAAAACUAAUUAAGAUGUUCUUAUUCAUUACAAUUAUUCUUUUAGUCCUGCAAAAAAAUUAUUGGAUUUAUCAUUUCUUUAGCACUUUGACAAGAUUUUUUAUUUUUUAACAAAUGUCAAGGCCAAUGGUCAUCCAGCACCCAAUAAUUAUCAUAAUCUGUUGAUGUGUACAUAAUCUGUUGAUGUGUACAUAAUCUGUUGAUGUGUACAUAUUUUAAGGUGUCCGUCUCUGUUUCAGGUUGCCUACACAUUUGAUGCUGGCCCCAACGCGUGUCUUUACCUCCUUGAGGAAGAUGUGCCACGGGUCUUAAGUCUAGUCCAGCAUUUUUUCCCACCAUCCCAAGACAAAGGGGAGAAGUUUGUCACAGGUUUAUCUGUGCCAGAAGUUCCAGUGUGUAGUGUAAGUUUGUUAUGUGUCUUAGGUGUAAGUUUGUUGUGUGUCUUAGGCCAAUAUCUCCCAGUCAUGUCAAAUAGUUGUGUAAGUUUGUUGUAUGUCUUAGGAGUGAGCUUGGUGUAUGUCUUAUGUGUAAGUUGUUUCAUGUCUUAAUUGUAAGUUUGUUGUUUGUCUUAGGUGUACGUUUGUUGUAUGUCUUUGGAGUAAAUAUUGUUGUAUGUCAUUGGCCUGUCUCUCCUAUACAUAUCCCUGAGUGCUGUAGCUAUUUGUAUAUCACAUGUUGUAUGUCAUCCAAUCCAUCGAUCCCUGUGACGCUACAUCCCAUGUAAGGAUUUGGCCUGCCUCACCAUAUCCUUCCACUCAGACUAACUGAUGCUUUUCUUUUUCAUGCUUGAAUUCCCAGCUGCUGUAUAUUUUUUCCCACAUCCCUCCAUCUAAGCCUAGGUCUACGUUUGAGCCGUUUUCCUCUGGGGUUUAUGUGGUGCAACCUCUUCACUCCUUUGUCAUUAGACAUUCUUUCUAAGUGUCCUGCCCAGCUUAGCCUGCCCUUUUUUCCAUCCUUUGUUGGUCCAAAUAUUUUCCAGAGAAAUUUUCUCUCCCAUGUGUUUAAUAGUAUUUCUGCUGAUUUUGUUAUCGUAUGUUACAGUUAGUUUGAUUACAAUUGAUUUACUUUUUCAAAAGUGUGGUUUCUAAUUUUAAUGGUUUCAUCUGUCUGUUCUCCUCUUUACAUAAUCAUGUAUUUUGUUUUUUGGUUAACUUCGAGUCCUACUUGUAGUGAUGCAUGUUCUAAUAAAAGCUUUUGAUAGAUCUUUACUACUUUUCCCUAACAGUGCAUCAGCAUAUGCAAGAUACUGAAGGGGUUGGUAUAGAGAGUGUCUAUUGGUUGUGGGUCUUGGGUUUCCCUCAAGUAUCCUGUUGUUGUUUCUCGUGUGUCAAUAUGUAUGCUUCUUAUAAACUCUCUCUAAUGUUAGGUUAAAUCCCUGUUUCCCAACGUAGGGCCGAAGCCCCACAGGGGGGGGGGGCAAUUUGAAAAAUGAGCUGUAUAGAAUUUGAAAACAAAUCUUCUACUAUGAUUUAACUUGUAUUUUAAAAGGAGAAUCGUUGAAGUCUCAAUUUAAAAUGGGCGUUCAUUAAAAAUUUUGUAAAAAUCAUUUAAGUUUCUUCAGUGAAAAACCCUUUUUUUUUUAAAUAUUAACAAUUAUGUAUAUGAUCCAUUGGAGGGGAGAGGGGGCAUACGAAUUUUAGAAAGGCUUUGGUGGGGCAUGGCACAAAAAAGGUUGGGAAACACUGGGUUAAAUAGAAUACAAGACAGUGAGUCUCCUUGUCUUAAGCCUCGUAUAAUCUAAUUCCCUUUACUAUUCACCAUGAACAUUGUUCAUCACUCCCAGAAAUUCCAAUAUGCAGUAAAAGUUCAGGUAAAUGCAGCAGCACAUCUCAGUGGUGUUCAAAUGGCACAACUCUGUUAUUUGAUUCUGGGGGAUGUUGACAUCACCUUAUAAAAUUGAAAGGUAUCCCGCCAUGACAACCUGUGAGUGAAAGGACAACCAUAGUCUUUACGUUAAACACAUUAAACACAUCCAAUGUUCUUUGAUAGGGCUGACCAAAUGUAUUUUUAUAUUUUCUUUUCAGAAAGAUGUCUCAAAAAUAAGUUUGCAACAGAAUCCAGGUGCUAUCAAAUAUAUCAUUCACACUAAGGUGAGGCUAAUUAUAGGUUAUUGUCUGGGGUUUUCAAAGCAAGUAAAAUAAAGAUUUGUCUUAUUAAAAAUUUUCCAUGAUAGUUAUUUCAGGCUUGUUAAAUUUAGGAAUUUGCAUAAUUUUUAAGUACAUAGGAGUGCAAUUUUCUCAACACUUGAUAUUUAAACACAACAAGAAAAAUUUAAUGAAUGCUCUCCCCUUCAGCUCAUCUGCAUUCUAAAAUGUUUACUUCUUUCCUAAAUGGAUAAAUUAGAACUUUUAAAUGAACAUAGCUACCCCAAACUCAGAUUUUCAUCAUAUUUUGAAUUUUUACAUCAAUCAAUGGCAAUUUCAUCAAAAAUGGACUUAGAUGAUGAAUUUAGAUGAAAUUACAAAUAAUUCCUCUCUUUAUUAUGCUAGCUCUAGUAAUCCUGAUUGUAUGGAAUUUAAAUCCAGCAAAAUAAAUAUUUUCCGUGUUGACAAAGUUUACUAUUUUUUAACCUUGUAUUUAAUAUUCCCGGGGUAAAAGGACAUGUUGUGGAACAAGAUGAACAGAUUGCAUUGUACACCAACAUGACCAUUUAGGAAAUUUUUAAAAAAGAAAAAGUUAGGGUUUGCAUUGUACAUGGUUCGCAUUAUACAUUGUAAUAUACGGUCUAAAGUUGAUUUAGCUGUAUAACUUUGUGUAAUAUACGGUCUAAAGUUGAUUUAGCUGUAUAACUUUGUGUAAUAUACGGUCUAAAGUUGAUUUAGCUGUAUAACUUUGUCAUAUUAGUAUUAACCUUCAACCAAGGCACAUGCGAGCUCAAUCUUUUAAUCUGUAAUCAGAGCUGUCACAACACUUCUUUGGGCCCUUGAGUGUUUGAGGGCUCACAGACUGGUUGUGCUGUAAAAGUAACAAUAACCUAGAAAUUCAUUGCAAACGUCGAAACAAUGAAUUUCUGACAACCCCUGCGACGCCCCGGAUGCCAUCACUGAGAGCGCAGUGAGCCAACUAAAAUAGCAUGGAUACUUAGUGCUAUUUAAGUAUUCAAUCAAUCAAUCAAAUUCAUUACGUGAGAUUGCCAUGAAGGAUUUUACCACACUUCUAUGUCUGUUUCAAUCACACCAGAUGCUCCACAUACAAAAUCCUUUUUCUUUCGGUUUGCUUGUGCUCUCCCCCCCCCCCCCCCCCACCACCCACCUCUUGCUCGUCCUGGGUUGCACACAUCAGCACCUACCUGGUCAUGCUUGUGUAUUUCCUGGAUCUCUCCAUUACCUGAUGAAGUAAACCAAAACAGUGCCGACGUAACAAAUUUUUUUAUUUAUAAUAAUAGGUGGGUCCGGGACCACAGGUGCUGACCGACCCAGAUGAAAGUUUGUUCACAGCUGACGGCAAGCCAAAGUUGUAGUCAACUCUCCAAGGAUGUUAAGUUGUAUACAGUAAAUAUAUAUCUCAACAUCUGCAUGGCUCAUAUUUUUGUAGAACUGCUUGAAGUUCACAGGUUCGUUGAACUUGUUUAACUUGUCUAAUAGGAUACAUAUGGAGUAUACAGAGAACAAAACAUGAAUUUGAAAUGUUGUCGUUUCUCAAAAAAAGUUUUUAUCACUUAUAAAAGAGUUUUUACUUAUCACACUUAUUACAGACUCAUCCCACCUCGUUGGUUUUUCCUUUUAAAAAGACAAACGAGAAAUCUAGGGAGGACUGCGUUCAUGUUGUACCAGUUAAAAAUACACAUAGGGUAGAGGAAAACCUGAAGAGGGACAAUACAAGAAAGUGGACCACUAAGCUAAAAAACCUUCGAUAUGAUUUCAUGGGUCAUUACCACAAUUGAAUAUGUCCACCAUUUCCUAUCUAUACAACAAACUUAGGGUGGUUGUCUCUGUCUUGAACUAUUUUUGCUGUCUGAGGCUUUUUUGCCAAAAAACGUUCCCUUUGUUGUAUUGUCUUACUUCAGGUUUCCCUCUUUAACACUUGGCAGAUUUCUUUAUAAAAAGAUGAAUAUCAUUUUUUCCCAUCACAUUUUUUGGUGCUUUUAUUUAAAAAUUGUCACUGCCAAAAGUUAAGCUCCCCAAACUUGUUCUUCUAAAUGAUACAGAAGGAUACUCACUGGGGAAACUUGACAUUUUCUUUUCUGUAGGAUGACAUACUUUUGUUAAUGUAUUUUUUUUUUUUGGCAUGUCGCCACAUGCAAAUAAAUAUGUUAAUGUUUUCAUGAGUGAAUCAACUUUUCCAUUUUUUACCUUUUUAUAUUAUGUACCAUACAUUUUUUAAAAACUAUGUUAAAUAUGUCAUGGAGCUGUUCACUAUAGCUCUGAGCAUUAUCACUGGAUCACUGGCAUCAAAUGGAUACACAAAUACCUGAACAAGAAUUAAAACAGAAUAAACAUUUUCCUCUGAC